GAUGUCAAUAAUUUAAACAUCGAAAAAAAUUAUGGGGACUCAUCUUGAGCAGACUUCAAUACCGUCGCAAGAUGGCAGCGGUGUGACGCAAUGGGCGUUCAAGCGGCCGUAAAGCAGCCAUUGAAGACGGGAAAAUGCGGAAGUCGGCAGGAGGAGGAAAAACAAGGCAGAAGUUAGCAACCUUUUCCCGUGUGGUUUCAGUCACCAAAAUGUUGAAAGAGUUGGUGAAGGAGCGACUCAUGGCGGCAGCCGACGAAAUAUUCGCUCUGUUUGAAAGAACGAUAGCGUCCUACGAGGAGGAACUUUGUCGAACAAAAGAGGAGAACGAGCGGCAAAGACGACAACUGGAAGCUGUUAGCAAGACUCGAACGGUGCUACACAUCGUCGGCGCCCAGCAGCUGUUCGGUCGUCAAGAAGAAGAAGAAGAAGGGGGUGGGGGCGCCACAGGAUCCGCAGAGGAUCCACAGCCCGCCUACGUUAAAGAGGAGGAAGAGGAAGUCUGGACCACUCAGGAGGGAAAGUGUCUUCUGUGGCCCGAGGAAACUGAUCCCACAAAGCUGCAACCGACUGGUGUCUCUGUGAAGACGGAAGCGCUUGAUGACAAACCUGCGUCCUCAAGUGAGGAGAACAGAGGGGCGGAGCCUCCGCGCAGUAGCUCACCACGGCACAUGACAUCAAAAGCUGAAGGAGACCACCUCUUCGCUCCGCUCUUAGACAGUGAUGACGGAACGUCUCAGCAUCCAGAGGACGACACCCGGGAACCUUUGAGCAGCGACACAGACCGUGAAGGCCAUGCAAGGACUCACACUGACGAUAAACGCUCUGAGUGCUCUCAAAAGAAGACAGAUGUCAGACGGCCAGUUGGUCGUCAAGAAGAACGCCCGCCUGCGACACAUCAGGAGGAUCCCCAGCCCUUCUGUGUGAAAGAGGAAGAGGAGGAACUCUGGUCCGCUCGGGGGGAAGAGUGUCUUCUCUGGCCGCAGGAGGCUGACGUCACCGAGCUGCCACUGACUGUUGUCUGUGUGAAGACUGAAGAUCAAGAAGACAAACCGCAGGCACGAUCAGAUAGUGACGACACUGAGGAUGAUGACUGGGACGACCCCCAAGAACCUUUGAGCAGCGACGCGGACCCUGAAGGUGACAUGAGGACUGGCGCUGACGGCAAACGCUCCAAAUGUUGUAAAAAGCGGACGGGUAAAGAACGCUUCACUUGCGAAGUUUGCGGUGAAAGCUUUUCCUUUAAGAGCUAUUUGACUCGACACCUGCGGAUACACACAGGAGAAAAACCCUUCAGCUGUGCAGUUUGUGGCGAACGAUUCGCUCAAAAGUCCAACAUGACCACGCACAUGAGGAAGCACACGGGGGAAAAACCUUUCAGUUGUUCCAUUUGCGGGGAAAGAUUCUCUCGGAAGUACACGAUGAGCAUGCACAUGGUGACGCACACGGGAGAAAAACCCUUUCAAUGUGCGGUUUGCGGCGAACGAUUCGCUCAGAAGUCAAACGUGAAGGCGCACAUGAGGACGCACACGGGAGAAAAACCUUUUAGCUGUCCGGUUUGUGGCGAGAGAUUCGCUCACAAGUCGAACAUGCUAAAACACGCUAGGACGCAUGCGUCAGUUGGCUCCGUUCAUGGCCAAGGUUCGCCUAUGGUGAGGAUAAGCGGCGGAAAAUGAAUGAACGAAUCAUCCCAGCGUCAUGUCCAACCUGAUCAUCUGCUGAUCCCAGAUUGGGGGGGCAAAUCUAAGGAUCCGGGAGCCAUAUGCUGAGAUGUUUUUUUUUUUUUUGAUCUUUAAAGAACAGCCUGGCUCUCAGCUUCGUUAGGGUGAUAAAGCGUAUUAUUGAUAUGUCUUUUUACAUUCGUAUUUAUUUUUUGUCUUACAGGUUUCUAUAUGCUCAUAAUAUUUUUACAUCACAUUUCCCCCCUCUUUAUGCUCAUAUUUUAGCUUUACUGUUGUAAUAUUUGUAAUAUUGCAAUACCAACAUUUCUGUUUACCAGAAUAUGAGUUUCAAAAUAUAACAUUUUUAGCCAUUAAUAUUUCAACUUUAUGCUACUUUUUCCUCCUAAUAUAAUGACUUUUUCCCGACGUUUUCAUUUGAGUUUUCCUCUUUCUUGUAUUUUUGAAUGUGCCGCAAUCAUAACGUCUUAGUGAAACAUAAACAUAAGCGAAUAUUGGGUCCGCUUGAGAAUCCAUCCACAUGUCAGUGUAAACAAGUCCUACAGAAACAGUAAUACAUCUUAACAUUCAUCAAUUUAACAUCAUAAUUCACUUAUAUGUAAAAUUGGACUCAACGCUCGCUCUUAUGGCAGCUAAAAUUAAAGUUAUUAUUUUAAACUGCAGGAGUGUGCAUGAUUCGUUAUGGAAAGGAGUUUGUAUUGUCUGAGCUUUUUAUCUUAUAGUAAAAAAAA